UAAAAGAGGACCAAGGGGGACAUGAGGUUGAGGGCUCUGGGGACAACUGAAGAAUAGAGGUAAACACCAUGCAGCAGAGCAAGCUUGAUAGCCAAAGACGGGUGAGGAGUCACAGAAAUCUCACAGGAAUCACAGAAAACAUUGGACUGCCCCUAAACCUGCUUGAGAAACACAACCCUUGGCCAGCUUAUGUGACGUAUACCUCCCCAGUGGUGCAAAGACUUAUCGAGAAAAGCAAAAUGAAGGAACUGCAAAGCACGCGUGCUUUUGAGCAAAUCCAACAGGCACUGAGGCUGAACAAGUCUUCCAGCACUACUCAGCUACAAUGGAGAAUGUCAUCCAAGUCCUCUGGUGAAGAAUUGAAGGACGUCCUGUCAGAUACUAUGUUGUCUGUGUGGGGCCCUAAUUCUGUAUCAGUCUUGAGUCCCAUGAUUGCCCCAGAACCCAUGCACAUACAAACAGCUUCCAGAGAAAGUCCCACCGAAAACUAUAACAAGAUCGUUUUCUCACGAAAACCCAUGAUGAGGGUGCUUCCUACAGCCCAGCUUACUACAGCCCAGCAAGGAGAAGAAGCAUGCAAAUGUCAAACAAUGAAUCCCUGCAACCAACCCUGA